AUGGUAGCAGCGAAUCGUGUGGAUGCCUUGGACCUUCAAGGAAAUUGGUUGGAUUCUGCGGGUCAUUCCAUCUUCGUGAGUGAGAGCCUGGAAGAUCAAACUUUGAUCGCCGUGCUGACUCCGCUGGUGAAGCAUCCCGAUGUCAAAGGUCGCAUCCUUCGCAUCGAACCGCCGGAAGAGGAUUCCUGGCACUGGCGCAUUGGAAAGGCCCGCCUGGAAUAUGUGGAUACCCAACGCCAGAGACUGGUUUGGGUCACCAGAGAUGGCUUGAAACGAAAUGUUUGGAUUCGAAGCUACCCCGGAUAUACUGAUGGCGCAGCCCUGGAUUCGCCGUUUAUUGGCGAGGAGGGUGCAGACAUUGAGGCCUUUCCUUGGUUGCUGAACAACUCUUCGCUGGAUCCCUGGCUCCCUUUGGACGUGCCGCGGGAUAUUCUCUACGAUGGCGCACGGGUGGCUGCGCUGCUCGAUAUUCGGCAGAUGAUCGGGGCCAGGAGUGAGCCACAGGAACGCUUGACGCAUAUCUUGAUGGAUCAUGACCUGCACCCUGCGCGGCAAGGUGGUGACUAUUUGAUUCCAAAUAUCCAAUCCCCUCUUUGGCAGACGCUCAAUGUUUCUGAGACCACGCGACAAAGUCUACUGCAACGGAUUUCGCAGAUUCCCAGUGACGCGCUGACGCAGCGCAUUUCGUGGAGCGGCGACAGCUCGGUCUGGGUGGGGCGGCACAAGAUCUCGGUCCGCGCAAGAGACGUGCGUGUCUUGGAAGAACGAUGGGUUUCUCACCACAAGGAUGAGCGCAAGCCUCUGGAGAUUGCAAGAUUGCUCGCGUUGUACAGUAUUUUUGAUAAUCCCUUGAGCCAUCGUCGUAGUGGACUUCACCUGGGCUUAGACCCGGUGAUCCGCCGGAACAGUGACUUCGAGCUUUUUGCGUCACCAUUGAAUGCAGCGGUACCCAAUGGGCGGUUUUCCAGCAAGUGGCCCCAUGUGGAAUGGCGCUUCGGAUCGAUUGGGUCGUAUCCAUCCGUGUUGGAACAUCUUCCAGUGAAUUCGGUGCUCUGCAUCAAUCCGCCCUUCACAGAGGCGUACCUCGCCGACGUCAUGGCUCGGCUCCCGGAGCUGAAGCUGCGCUUCCGCUUGCGAAUCGCGGUGCCUAUCCUGGAGGCGCCGUGGCGCAAGAAGCUGCAAACUGCCCUUCCGGUGCCGCAGAUCCUGAAGACCUACUACGAUGCCACCGCCGAGACCCCAGCGGAAGUCCUGCACCCCACUUUGCUGUGGGAAGAUCCGCGCUGUCCCCCGCGGCCUAGCAUCAGUGAAGAAGAGAGUAUUGGAGAGGAGGUGCUGAGUAGCAUGCAACCGCAGUUGGCAUUCCACGUGGGUGGCAUGGGUGGCGCCUUAGCCGCCAUGGUCUUACCCGUCACGGCGGUGCAGUUGAGCCAGGGAACAUCAAAGGAAACAUCUCCGACGCUGAUUCCUGCGACUGCAACGCCCCUGAGCCUGCAGGAGUGGCCCGCGUUGGAGCCUGUGCCGAAGUCUGCGGGCAAAAGAUAG